AUGGCCGCAGCAGUCGGGAUACAAGGGCAGCCCAAUGCAACUCUCGCUCAACAAGCCCAAAUACAGAAUGCCGCGCAGGCAGCACGCACUGCCACCACACCCCACCAUCAACAGCAGUCAUCUCAACAACAGCAACCUCAACCGGGACAGCCACAAGGCCAGCCUAUGUCGCCCCAAUCCGCAGCGCGCGAACGUGCGCGCGUUUCCGUCUUACUAGAAAUCAACACACAUCUACUGCAAGAGGUGGUAUCUUUACAGGCCCAAGGCAAAGCAGGUGCUACGGCCAGCCAGGGCCAACAAUCCCCCACGUCCCCAACCUUGGCCACCGAUUCAACAAACGCCCUCAAUAACAGCCCUGGGGAUCCUCCCAAAUCUGCUGGUGGGAACUCAAAGCCGCCUUCUCAGGAAUAUGCCGAUUGUAUGCGCCGAUUGCAGGCAAAUCUGUCGUAUCUAGCUGCAAUUGCAGAUGCCAAGAAGAAAGUCAAUGGUGCUUUACCAGCGGGACCUGCAAUUCUAGCACCGCCUGCCCAUUUAACUCCUGUCCACGACCUCUACAGGAAACUGAAUGCCUUGUUUCCAGAGGCGAGCCAGUCUGCGGCCACCAAGGCUGUGGGUCAUGCCUCAAAUCAGGGCCACGCUCAGAAGCAACGACAGGCUGCUGCUGUGUUGGCUCAAGGUUAA